AUGGAAGACGAGUUCCAUUAUCGUAUACCAGUGGUCCUUGGGUGGAGCAAAAACUGUAUGACACUUACACAAGUUGACAGUACUUAUUUACUGCCCUCCGCUCAUAUUAUAACCGGGAAUGUUCAACCUCAGUCACCAGCUAGUCAUUGUUUAAGUGCUGGUGAUAUUAUAUUAAGUAUCGGUAAUACCAAUGCUCAACACCUUACUCACAUGCAAGCUCAUCAGUUGAUUAAGAGUGCAGGCAACAUGUUACAGUUAACCCUCGAAAAAUGUGGUGGUGGAGAUAUUGACAGACUUCGACCGAAAAAUCCCGUCAAAUUUUCACCGUGGAAACACGCUCAACCAAAUUAUGCUUAAACAAUAAAUUGUUAAAUACAGCGAAAUUAGCUAACAUUUUCGUUUUUAUGUUCACACUUACAUUGUGUUGUGAAAAAGGUCAAAAAAUGUCGGUACAUAUGAAUUCAAAAAGUCGAUUAUUUCGAAGCUACAUAUACAAUAUUUGCAGUGUAGACCUACCUACUAAAACAAAGAUGAGUUUUGUCAGGUAAUGGCAGGCUAAUUAAUUACUUUUAAUUUUCAUACGGCAGUUAUUACAGCGAUAUUAUAUUAUAGCAAAAAUUUUAUGUGUAUCGCGGACACUCAAUUCUCCAAGUUAAUUAAUCUUGAUCAGAUUAUGACGUAACAAACGCAGGCAAACUGUUGUUCAGGAAUUGUAUUUACCACCAAGUAAACAACAGAUGGUGCAAAUGUCCCCGAUACACAUUCAGGUCUAGGAAAUAACUUGUAAUUCCUUUAAUAAUUUGCAACUCUUGAUGUACAUUUUUGUCUUGAGUGGCGUUGUGUUAUUUUGUUAUUAUGUUUUUUGUUGAUCGGGAUGUCGGAUUUGUGUGAACAUUCUUUAAUUUUGUCAAAUCUGACCAAAAUUUUGAAUCACAUUUACCAAUCCGACAUUUCCCAAACUGUUUAUGAUGGUGAACUUGCUUUUAUAUGUAUAUAUACCCCAUAUAAGUAAAUGUAACAGAUUUAUACUAUAUUUUCAUUACCAAUGAUAUGACCCACGAUUGAAGAAGUGUAAGAAGGUUACAGUGAAGAUACCUCGGAUCGCAUUUUUUAUCACUGUGGCUCUUUGCAAACAUGCAUUACGGAUAGUGAUAGCCCCGUCACACAGGACUGUGACCCCGUCACACAGGACUGUGACCAUUUGCUCUCAGCGACUGGAAAUGUACUAACCAGAAGAAAACUGGAGAAUAAGUUCUUAAAAAAAUUACAAACUUAACGUUUUUGCAGCGUCCAAAACAAAACGCCGUGAUUCGAAUAGUGGCGACAAUUGCACGACGCCUAGCGUGUCCUACACUCUUAUUCUGCGCUUAUGGCGACCUUAACAGGCACUGAGCCAAUUUUCAGUAGCAGUAGCAGCGUAGCUAGAACGUAUUUCCUGUUUGAUGAGACCUUAAGUGCAAAUUGUUAUUGAAUUAUCAUAAUUCAUUCAUAUUAAUCUUAACGGAAAGAAAACACUUAGUUUACACAGAAAUACCCCUAUAUGUGACCCAAUCCCUUACUGAACAAGACCUUGGACAUCUAUAAAAUCCAUUAACUGAUGAACCAAGUCAUUGUAUGAACUGAGGUUUACAUGAUCCCGUUAUUAUUCGCAACGUUUUAAUAGUAUUGUAAAUUUUAAGUUGAUGUAGAUUACUAUAUUUACUAAUUAUGCCCUCACUAAUUAAUCCGUCCAUUUUAAAUAAAUUUUAUAUUUUACCAUU